UUGCUUGACAAUUACCAGUUCGAUAUCGCGCAGUAAAUUACUGCGUUUUGCAUCAUACUUCCAGUUAAGGAAGGGAACGCCUAUGAUUGGGAAACUCCUGCCAAUAUCACUGCCAAUAUUGGGAAUAUCGCUGCCAAUUGGGAAACACAUCUGCAGUGUGGCCCAGUGAGUCAUGGUGCCAGAUUGGACAGUUGUAGCGCUGGUAACGAGUCUGGCCGUCGUCCUGGAAUGUCCCUUAGUACACGCCUGUUCCCAGGCGCCCCCCACUCCGCCAUGGGAACUGGAGCCCUACAAGAGCCGAGUCCGACACUGUGUAAUGCGGCAUUGGGUGCCGACGCGUCCGCCACCGGCGUAUUUUAACCCAAGCUCUUUUACGUUUUGGAGUAACCACCCUCGUUAUCCCGCUCAACUGCUCUGCUUGAUCAACAUCUUGACCAGCGAUAUCGCUUCACUUUGUGCGCUCGCACUGUCCAUUUACUGCUGCCGUUUUUUGGAUUACAUUAUCGUACUAACUAAUCGUUUGCGAUCUUCGAAACGGGACGUGUUUAUAACCGAAGGCGAACCUGUGCGCUUAUCCUGCCAUCAGCUGGAAGAUAUUCCACGGAACAUUCACAUCAUCCGCGACCAUUUUCCCGGCUUUCGCAGCGAUAGUACCGGCCUCUACUACUGGACUAAAGAUAAGCGACAGUUCUGUGAAAGAUGGGAGCGGACUCACCGCCAUUAUAAGUGCGACGCAGCCGUUGAUCGGAGCGCGCCGGACGGAGAAAUGUGGAUCAAGUCCGUCACCGCGGCUGACGAAGGCGUAUACGCUUGUGCGUAUAUCGAGAAUCUCGGGAAGUGUGCCGGUAACUGGUGUUCGCUACGUGGUGGACGAGAAUACCACCUCCAUGUUACGCCCAAAAAGACAAUGGUGCUUGAUACUCCGGUACAUGUUACCAGUGCUGUGACAAAACCCUCCACGCCGAUCAGUCACACGGAAACUGCCCCGCCCGUUUCGUCGGCUAGUGUCAUCACAUCAAUUGUCGCGCUGUGGCCCGCCCAGUGGUUCAGCACAGUUUCUACAAACGGCGUGCAGUGGAAAGAGCACGCUACCGGCGCCGUUCAAACGACAGCUUCGAGCAGCAGCUUGACCAGUAGAACAGCUCAAAGCACGACAUUUCAAUCUGUCCCCUCAGUGGAAACCAGCGCGAUGCCCUUGUCAGCGGCAUUGCCGGACUCGGAAACCAUAGACGACUAUUCCGAAGAAGACUAUUCGGAUAACGUUGGCGAAAUAUUGAAACUUGUGGCCCCCACGGUUGCCACCAGAGCACCGCGAGUUGCGGAUUCGAGGAGAAACGCGACAUCAACGGGAAGUAUGGCGUCCCCGUCACCGACAACGCCGGACACCGCACCUAUGGCAGUAGACGGCGAUUCUGCCGAAUACGAAGAUGCAGAUAUCGCGUACGCUGAAGGCUUAUCGAUGAAAGAAAAGGAAGGUAAACCACCGUUCACUGUGCCGCGGACUGAAUUCAGCACGACAAUCGUGGAUGGAGAAACGGUGUCGACCGCGGGCAUGAAUGAAACGGAGUACGACGCUGAUUACGAUCAUGCGCCGGGGGAUCAGCGCCGCGCGAGUAGUUUCCCGCCCGAGUGUCCGCCCUGUACCGGCAACUGUCCCUGUCCGCUCUUCAAGCGCAAACGCAAACAUCUGUAAACAAUAAUUAAUAUGGUCGAGCUUUACCUGUAUCACACUCAUAUGCAAAUAUUAUCAGAAUAUGCACCGAAAACUGCCGCCUUCCUGUAUUGUAGGGUUGUUCUGGCCUUUGCGCACCCGACGAAAUAUAUACAUAAAAACAGUUUGCACAACCGCGCC